AUGGUCAACUCCCUGCGAAUCUUCUUCGCCUCGGCGGCCUGGGCAUCUCUUGCACAAGCCUGGCUACCCAACGAUGGCACCAAAACUAUCACGAACCGCGACGGUGUCAACAUCUUCGCACGCGACGUCCCAUCCUCGGGGGACACCAAGAGCCCUCGCUACCUGCCCUCCUUCUCCAAGGUCCGCGGCGUCAACCUGGGCUCGCAGUUCAUCGUCGAGCCGUGGAUGAGCGGCGCCGCGUGGAGUUCCAUGGGCUGCAGCGGCCAGGACUCGGAGUGGGACUGCGUCAAGGCGCUCGGGCAGGCCAAGGCCAACGAGGCCUUCAAGGGCCACUGGUCCAGCUGGAUCACCGAGCAGGACUUCGACAACAUGGCCAGCUACGGGCUCAACACGGUCAGGAUCCCCGUCGGCUUCUGGAUCCACGAGGAGCUGGUCAACGACGGAGAGUACUACCCCCAGGGCGGGUUGGAGUAUCUCCUGAAGAUCUGCGACUGGGCAGCUAGUAAGGGGAUCUAUGUCAUCAUCGACCAGCAUGGUGCCCCGGGCGUUCAAGCAGUGAACAACCCGUUUGCCGGCCGCAAAACUGCCGACACUCAGUUCUACACCAAGGAUAACUACAACCGUGGCGUCGAAUUCGUGUCGUGGCUCGCUAACCUGACACACACGCGCAACGAGAUGCGCACCGUGGGUACCAUUGGCGUGCUCAACGAGCCAAAGAACUGGGACAGCAAGGGGAUCCGCGACGUCGAGUCCACCCUCAAGGCCACCAACCCGCUGCACGUGCAGUUCAUGUCGUCGUUCUGGGGCUCGGGCAGCCCGGAGCAGCACUUGCCGUCGGGGUACUCGGACGUGUCGUUCGAGGACCACCGCUACCUCAAGUGGGACACGUCGGUGGCCGUCGACCACGCGGCGUACAUCAGCAACUCGUGCACCAGCGACCGCUCGGCCGACGGCGAGUCGCCGUCGUUCGUAACCGAGUUCAGCCUCAGCCCUCCCGACGACGUCCAGAGCAGCGACUCCUGGGCCCCUGACAAGCAGAAGGACUUCUACGGCGACUGGUUCGCCGCCCAGGUCCACGGCUCUGAGAAGAGCACCUCCGGUUGGACCUUCUGGAGCUGGAAGACCGACCUGGGCGAUUAUCGCUGGGGGUAUAAGGAUGCCGUUGCUGCUGGUGUCAUCCCGAAGGACUUGGGUAGCCUGAGUAGCACUGUGUGCGGUUGA